AUGUCUUCUUCAACGAAUCUGAAUGCUAAAAGCGGUAACGAUCCUUUGGCUCAUCAAGGAGAAGAGUCAUCUGCCAAUCCGCAAGAUCAAAACAAAUCCAAUACCGCAAAUUCUGAAGAAGAUAGUUUGAAUCAAACCAAGAACAAGGCAGAGGAAGACUGUGGAGUGUGGAGAGUGUUGGGUACGUCGGAUUACUAUGGACUGUAUCUGGGCGAGAAGAAGGCAGCGUUAACGCGGGAGUUGGAUAUGUUGGAGGAGGCUGAGGCGGCUGCGGCUAAGAAGAAGGAAUCUGAGGAACUCAAGGGAAAGUGA